AUGGCCACCUCCUCUGGGGAGCCAGGGCUCUUGCCCUGUGGGUCCUGUGACAUGGUUUUUCGCUCCUGGGCCCUACUGGCUGUCCACGCUCAGCGCUUCUGCAUUGGCCGCCUGACCGGGGAGAUGACAAUUGGAACACAGCCCUCAGUAGCCACCCAGCCCCCAGGUCCUGCGGUAAAGACGGGUGUUGAAGCCAGCUGGACCGGCAGGGUUCCUCAUGCUACACCCUAUCCCCAGGUGAUGUCACAAGAACCCGAGGGCCUCUCGGAGAAGGAGGCCAGCCAGUCUGCAUUAUGGAGGUUAACAGAGGAGGUGCAGUGGUUGCGGCUGUCCCUACAGAAAAUGCGACCGCGGAUAACAGGGGUCCCCGGAGAGUCUGCGGGGCUCUUGGGGCGGUCAGAGGCGGGGCCUCAAGACCCCAGCAACGAGGCUUUCGGGAGCCCGGGAGAGCGGUUGCGGGCGCUGCACAGGACUCGAGCCCGGCGCGUGGCAGAGACGGAAGCCCAGAGACGGGCCCUGGAGCGACGCGGCGAGGAACUGAGCCUGCGCCUCCAAGGUACAGCCCGGAGCCAAGGCGGGAUGUCCCGUCUAACCGGAGUGGAGCGGGAGCUCCGAGAACUCCGGUCCGAGGCGGGGCGGACGCGGGGAACUCUAGAGAUGCUGGGUGCGCGCCUUCAGGAGCUGCAGCCGCAGACUAGGCUGAAAGCCCGGCAAGAAGCUGCCCUCUGUUUUCCGGUGCUGCCCGCCAGCCCAGCAUCUCUAGCUGCUGAGAUCGGAUCCCUGCGUGAGACCUACGUUCGAGGUGGGGGUCGGGACCCUGGCAUUCUGGGCCAGCUGUGGCAGUUGCAGGUGGAGGCGUCGGCACUGGAGCUGCGGCGGUCGCGGACCCACAGAGGAAGAACAGGGGCCACCUCGGGGGAGCUUCUAGUGGUGGAGGCAGAAAAUCGGCGCCUGGAGGCAGAAAUCCUGGCCUUGCAGGUGCAGAGGAGCCUGGGCCUGGGCCAGGUACCCUGGGGGCCUGGAGAGGUGGGACGCCUGUCCAGUCCCCGUCCACACCCAAAGGAAAGGAGAGAACCCGCAUUCCUCCCGCUGCCCGUGGCACCCCCGCUGCCUCCACUUCCAGGCUCCACGGCCAUCCAGUUGUUGGGUGGCUCGGGAAAGGCUCUGGGCCUGAACCCACACUUCCUCCUGCCCACAUCUGAUGUCCUGGGCCCUGCGCCCUAUGACCCUGGGGCUGGCCUGGUCAUUUUCUAUGACUUCCUGCGGGGCCUUGAAGCUUCUUGGAUUUGGGUGCAGCUGUUGACUGGCUUGUCUCGAGAUGGACAUGACACAGGAGGGACUACAGCAUUGCCCCCAGCCCUUUGCUUGCCCCCGCCUCCAGCUCCUGGGCCCAUGGGCAACUGUGCCAUCCUUGCCAGCAGGCAGCCUGUGCCCAGACUGCCACCCUCACCAUCAGUAUCCUUGGUCUGUGAGCUCCAGGCCUGGCAAGGGAUGGCAGGAACUGGGCCACCACAGCCAAAGGCUUGGACCUCUCUGGUGCUAUUUGACCAGGAUCAACGGGUGCUAAGUGGCCGCUGGCGCCUCCCACUCCGGGCCCUUCCUUUGGACUCCAGCCUUAGCUUUGGGCAGCUGAAUGGGAUUCCCCAGGCAGGUCAAGCUGAGCUCUUUCUGCGGCUGGUGAAUGCAAGAGAUGCAGAUGUUCAGACACUGGCAGAGAUCAGCCCUGCAUUUGCCCAUGAAUACCAGUACCCACCACUGGUGUCCAACUCAUCCUCACUGGAAGCCAACUCCCUCUUCCCCAUGGCUGGUUUUGCUGACCCUGCACCUCCCACUGAAGAGCCCCAUGGUGGAGUCAAGGAUAAAGAUGAGGGUUUGAACUCUCACCACAGCUUUGACCCGGCCCCCUUGGCUUCUGAGCCCAGGUGAAU